AACUACUUCCCACGAUUCUUCAGUUCAAACCCAGACAGCAAGCGGGAAAGGUGUCGACAACAGCGUUCCUAGCGAGAUGGCGUCUGUUUCUAAUUCGGUACCUGUAUGGAAAAGUAAUGAUGCGAGUAAAGAUCUGGUGUACGCUGCUCAUUUUGGCUCAAUUCAAGGCGUUAGAUCAGCGUUGGAAGCGGGUGCUGACAUUGACUUCGAGCUGCAGGACAGCGAGACCGUAAGAAGUGGCACAGCUUUGUUUAUCGCUUCCUUGAAAGGGCAUUUGGACAUUGCGAGACUGCUGCUCCGCAAGGGGGCGUCUUUGGUGAAGAGAACCGGGGCUGAAUUAACUGCCCUCCAUGCAGCAGCGUCCGAAGGGAAUACAGAAGUGGUGGAGUUGCUGGUGUACAAUGGAGCAACAUCAGACGUGCGAGACGCCUUCAACAACACACCACUCAUUCAUGCAUGUGCCUGCAACCAUGUCGACACUGUUCGGCGACUGAUCGGGCUUGGUGCGAGACCUGAUUUGACGAGCAGUUAUGUCUCCCAUAAGUUGGGGUUAGAGGACGGAAACCAUCUCUAUGCGUGUCGAGAGAGUCUCAAGCUGAUAGAAGAGGCGAGAAAAACUAAGCUAUUGAGAUGCUGCAACCCUAAGUGUGGCAAACCAGGCAAAAGGAAAACCCUGAAGCUGUGUGGCCGGUGCAAGCUGACCCGCUACUGCAGCCGUGACUGUCAGAUACAACACUGGUCUGUCGGACACAAGAAGUGCUGGGGGCAUGACGCGUACCCUGCCUAUGCACCAGACCGCUUCCAAAAACUUGUGUAUACGUUAUUGCCAGAUCACAUUGCUGAUGAUGUAUACAAAACUAUGUAUACCUAACUUUUUGAAUGGCGAUCUUAAUUAACGAUAGUAUGGUGUCGCUAAGAUCAAAUGUAGUUUAGAACAACAAGUCGCAUGUCACCAAACAUUAGAUAUUUAGCUAUUCUCGCUAUGGGUAUGAUGCUGGCGUCUUUGUAUGUAAAAAAUUGUGUUGUGCCAAGUUUUGUCGUAUUUUUCACACACAUGUUCUGUCCAAAAGGUCAUAUGAUUUUAUAAGACCUCGUUUAAUUUGCAAUGUUACUUAGUAGGGACCAUUUUAUCUUGAAGAAGAAAUCUUAAGCAAACAUAGAAACCUUUUACAAUGCCAUUUCAGUAGCCGUAUUUUCUGUUAUAAUUACAUCAGUGUCACGGUAUAAUUGUCACUGUUAACAUUGUCAUUCACGCUAAAUGGUUUCACGUAAUAAAAGUAACUGAGCUGGCAGUUGGGUUGUCAUGUGAUUGUAACAAACAACAUGAAUGUAGAAAGCAGAUGAAAUGUUGAACCGUGAGCUAUAUUAUUCCAGGCGAAUAAACAACAUUUAA